AUGGCGCUUCAUGUCGAUCCUCUCAAACGGGAGCUGCUUGAAGCUAGGAUUCAGGGGUCUCCAAAUCCAAACGUUUCUGGAAAAGCACAAAGUAUAAAUUCUGAAAUCCUUCCCCUAAAUGAACGGCCUAAAUGUGGAACUUCGGAUGAUUCUGCUCAGAAUACUGCUGAUGUUGCAACAGUUGAUGCACCUAUUUCUAGUGGAACGUCGAAUGUUGGGAUGCAAGAUGGCCGACUAGUUCCUAGCCAAUCCAACAAUGUCAAUGCUCCUAACUCACUUCGAAAUUCAUUCCAGGCACCAAACAAUCCCGAAUUCUUGAAUUCCUUUUCCGUUAACAUGACCGAUUGUCAAUGUGUUGACAAUCGUGAUUUUGCAGGAGCUAGACCCAAUAACCAUGGCUCAGAUUCUAUUACUUCUUCUGGAAAUAUAGCAGAAACAGUUGUGGUCACUCUGCCCAACAAUAUGGAGGAAAAUAGCCAAAGCCUCAGUAGUGUCAGUGGUGACGGUUUAUCCCGGGGUAAUCGAAAUUAUUCGCAGGUCCAGCACGGUCAGAAUAUUAUGCGUCAAGCAAACAUCGUUCCUUAUUCCAAUACCAGUGCCCUUUCUAAUCAAUCCCUCUCCUUUGAUAUGGCUUGCCAAUCCAUUCCUGGUAAUGAUUCACCUGUUGGCUUUACCACAACGACUCCCAAAAAAUCUAGAAACUUCUCUGGUGCACCACAUACCCCAAAUCCUGUGAACGUUAAUGCUCCAAAAUCUACUGGUUUAGUUUCCCCGAAUGCUCAGCAACCGACAACAUCUCGUACCAGUAUUCGGAGAAAAAGAAAAGGAGCUAUUUUUGAUGAGCAAGGUCCUCCCCAGCCCAAACGAUCAGCAGCCAGAGGUCACAAGAGAAUUGAUGAAAUUUUUAAGACACCUCAAAUUCAUGGCAAUGAUGAAGCCCAUAUCGAUCCUAAUGCCAGGCCUGAGAGUUCUCUUAGGCCACUUCUAUCGCCACUUAGAGGAGGAAGUAAUAGUUGUGUGACAAGUCCAAGUGAUAGUUCAAAUGAUGGGGCGCCCCACAAUGGCCCUACAUUAAACUCAGCCAGUGUUGCCUGUUGCAGUACCUCAGUACAAACCGAGCUUGAUCCCAGUGUUUCCAUUCCUCCCACCACUCCAGUGGUUCCUUCUGGUCUGGCCUUACAACAGAUUCCCGGCUCUCCCUCAGUUGCUCCUCUUAGCCUUGUUGAUAGUCUCAAUCGGCGACUCGCUGAUCUGGAAAUGGAGAAUGAAUUUAAUCGAAAGUCUCUUCAGGAGGCCACUGAUGUGAGUGUUCGAUCACGACAGAUUAUUCGAGACCUACUUAUUGAGAAGAGCGUCCUUGAGCGCAAAACCACUCGGCAAAAAGUCAUGAAUGAUCGAUUGCGACUCGGGCAAUUUGUUACCCAGCGACAGGGUGUUCAUUUCGAGGAGAAGUGGGUGGAAGGAAAUCGAUUCAAGGAGUUAGACCAGCGACGGAAGCAAAUUGAGGAAGUGAAGGAGGAGAUUGAACGAAAGCGAAAGCAGUGGAAUAAACGAAAACCAGGAGCUGAUAACAGAAAGAACAGCCGAGCUCGCUGUGAUGAGGUUUCUGUGGACGAGUUCUACGAGCAGAUGGAGAUAUAUGAUCUGCGAAAGCAGUUACUCCUGAAAGAGGACAAGGAGAUAACAAGUGAACUUGAGCGACUAGACCGGGAACGGAAUCUGCAUAUUCGUGAAAUCAAGCGAAUUGCUAAUGAGGAUGCAUCGAGAUUUAAGGAUCAUCCUCUGCUUAAUGAUCGGUACCUUCUACUCAAUCUCCUUGGCAAGGGAGGCUUUUCAGAAGUUCACAAGGGGUUCGAUUUGCAGGAGAAUCGUUAUGUCGCUUGCAAAAUUCACCAGCUUAACGCAACGUGGCCCAAAGACAAGAAAGAUAACUACAUAAAACACGCCCUUCGGGAAAUUGAAAUCCACAAAACUCUCAAUCAUCAGCGGAUUGUUAAGGUCUUCGAUGUCUUUGAUAUUGACCAUGAUGCGUUCUGUACAGUGCAGGAGUACUGCGAGGGCAAUGAUUUAGACUUUUUCCUGAAACAGAAUAAAGUGAUUCCUGAGCGAGAAGCCAAAUCAAUAAUCUGCCAAGUCAUAUCCGCAUUGAAGUACCUAAAUGAACGAAAGCCUCCAGUCAUUCACUAUGACCUGAAACCAGGUAAUAUCCUUCUCGGCUCGGGAGAAAUGUCCGGUGAAAUAAAGAUAACAGAUUUUGGUUUAAGCAAGUUGAUGACAGAAGAUUUAUACACUCCUGAUAUUGGAAUGGAUUUAACUUCCCAAGGUGCCGGUACCUACUGGUAUCUACCGCCCGAGUGCUUUGAAACGGGUCGAGAACCUCCAAAAAUCUCCUCCAAAGUGGAUAUAUGGUCUGUGGGCAUCAUAUUCUUCCAGUGUCUCUACGGAAGGAAGCCCUUCGGACACAAUAUGUCACAAGCGGACAUUCUUCAUCAGAAUACCAUUCUUCAUGCUCGCCAAAUCAUCUUUCCAACCAGCCCCAAAGUCAGUGAUGCUGCCAAGGAUUUCAUCCGACGGUGCUGUACAUACCAAAAGGAGCUGAGGCCGGAUGUAUUUCAGUUGUGUAAUGACGACUAUCUCAAGCCAAAGGCACAGCUUAAGCAUAGUGUUGACAUUGGAAACCUUCCGGGUCCAACCGGUCUUCCUCCAUCCUCUCUUUCAGGUGGCCAGCAACAACAGACGCCUGGUUCGAACACACCCCAGACGGGCUACAUACCGAACGCCGCUUUAGGGAUCUAUGGAGGCCCUUCAUCUGGAAUAGUCAUUCCAUCGGCGCAAGGCCAGCCACAACACCAGCAACAGAAUCAACCUUCCUCUCAUCACUCCUGA